CGUUAAAUCAAACGAAUCCAAAAUCUCUGAUUGUCAAAAGAACUGAAACAUGCCACAUAGGGCAUACGUGGCAGAUUCCACCCCCAAAAUGCAUAUGUAGCAUUUCAGCAAAACAACUCCCACCGAAUGGAGCUAAUCAAUAUGUUAAUCCAUAAUGACACUUGGCCUCCACUGGCACUGACACCAUUUUGACAGCUCAGCAACACCGCCACCUGGCUACUUAUGCAAUACAUGAUCUCAAGCUUCCGAUUUCCUUUCCCGUUUUCUGCAUUGCCAAACACAAAAGGCACAGGAAGAAGAAAAAAAAACAGUAGUAAGUACUAAUAAUAAUGGCUAGUGAUGGCAAAGAGCAGUUCCCAGCGCAGAGCCAAGAGCAGCAACCAGGGCAAGAACAUGUCAUGCGCCCGCUCCCCAAGCCGCUCGACCCGAACUACAAACCUUCCAACAAGCUCCAUGGGAAAGUGGCUCUGGUGACCGGAGGCGAUUCGGGCAUAGGCAGGGCCGUGUGCUUGCAGUUCGCGCUCGAGGGCGCGACGGUGGCCUUCACUUACGUGAAGGGAGUGGAGGACAAGGACAAAGAUGACACGUUGGUGAUGUUGUUGGAAGCCAAAACUGCCGGAGCUAAAGAUCCCCUGGCCAUAGCUGCGGAUAUUGGGUUCGACGAGAACUGCAGGAAGCUGGUGGAUCUCGUGGCGAAGGAGUAUGGCCGGAUCGAUGUUCUGGUCAAUAACGCCGCGGAGCAGCACCUGUCGCAUUCGAUGGACGAUAUCACCGAGUCCAGGCUCGAGAGGGUGUUCAGGACCAACAUCUUUUCUCAGUUCUUCUUGACCAGGCACGCUUUGAAGUAUAUGCGCGAAGGGAGCGCGAUCAUCAACUCGACAUCAGUAAAUGCCUACUGCGGAGGUUCCGAGGUCCUUGAUUACACAGCAACAAAAGGAGCCAUUGUGGCCUUCACAAGGGGACUGGCGCUGCAGCUUGCCAGCAAGGGGAUCCGGGUCAACGCCGUGGCUCCAGGACCGGUCUGGACCCCGCUGCAACCAGCUUCCAUGCCUGCCGAAAGCAUGAAGGGCCUCGGUUCGUCGGUCCCCAUGGGCAGGGCUGCGCAGCCUCACGAGAUCGCCCCUUGUUACGUGUUCUUGGCCUGCAACGAGUGCUCCUCGUACUUCACCGGCCAAGUUCUGCACCCCAACGGUGGAAUGAUUGUUAACACCUGAUGGCUGGUAGAUCCUGGCAAGCUGUACAUUGUAAUUGCAGUAUAUGGCAUUACAAUGAGUUGAUGGAUUUGGGUUACUUGUUUCAUAAGUAAGGCUAUGGAUGGUAAAUAAAAGCCUUUGUAACGACACACCAAAUCUUCUAUAUCGAUAGGAACGUAUAAAGAAGCUUUCCUUUUGAUUUCUUCUCCUUUCUUUAAGCAUACAUGGCACUACAUUAAUCAAUACUCAGAAUCCAUUACAAGGUUGACACACUGGAAUUAUCAUUGAAUUAAAUUAGCCUCGGCGGCUUGUUUAUAGGGAUUGUUCGUCCGAUGUUCGAAACUGAUCACCUCCAGGUAGUUGGGGAGACUUGCAGAACAGUGGAAGGCUCGGAAAUGAUCGGUCGAGAGGCUCGAAUUAGUUUGUAAGAGUUGUGGCAAAAAAUGCAGGACGCAAAG